GCUUAGCGGCCGCCAUCUUGUGUUGCCGGCUGGGUGAAGGAGGUGGCAUCGACGACCAUAACCACAACGGCCGCGGGAGGAGAAGGCGGCGGCGGCGGCGAUUCUAGGCGGCCCAGGCGGCAGGGAGGAGGAGAAGGAGGAGGGUGGCGGCCGGGCUUGGCUUUGGCUCCUUGAGGAGUUGGCGGCCGCGCGACCCGGGGAACCGGCAUUGCUUCUCCACCUUGAUAACCUGACUCUGGGCCUGCCCCCUCUCAGACCUACUCCAGGACUCCUCCCUCAAACUCUUCUGGUUUGAGGAUGGAGAAUGCUCAAGCUUCAAAAUCAUCAGUUUGGAAACCUAAGAUGUCCAGCUCGCCGCUGUCCAAGAAACGUCGCGUGUCUGGGCCUGAUCCAAAGCCGGGUUCUAACUGCUCCCCUGCCCAGUCCGUGUUGUCCGAAGUGCCCUCGGUGCCAACCAACGGAAUGGCGAAGAACGGCAGUGAGGCAGACAUAGACGAGGGCCUUUACUCCCGGCAGCUGUAUGUAUUGGGCCAUGAGGCAAUGAAGCGGCUCCAGACCUCCAGCGUACUAGUGUCAGGCCUGCGGGGCCUGGGCGUGGAGAUUGCUAAGAACAUCAUCCUUGGUGGGGUCAAGGCUGUCACCCUGCAUGACCAGGGCACUGCCCAGUGGGCUGACCUCUCCUCCCAGUUCUAUUUGCGGGAGGAGGACAUUGGUAAAAAUCGGGCUGAGGUAUCACAACCCCGCCUCGCUGAGCUCAACAGCUAUGUGCCUGUCACUGCCUACACUGGGCCCCUUGUUGAGGACUUCCUUAGUGGCUUCCAGGUGGUGGUCCUCACCAAUACUCCUCUGGAGGACCAGCUGCGAGUGGGUGAGUUCUGUCACAGCCGUGGCAUCAAGCUGGUGGUGGCAGACACACGGGGCCUGUUUGGGCAGCUCUUCUGUGACUUUGGAGAAGAAAUGAUCCUCACAGAUUCCAAUGGGGAGCAGCCGCUCAGUGCUAUGGUUUCUAUGGUCACCAAGGACAACCCCGGUGUGGUUACCUGCCUGGAUGAGGCCCGACAUGGGUUUGAGAGUGGCGACUUUGUCUCCUUUUCAGAAGUACAGGGCAUGAUUGAACUCAACGGAAAUCAGCCCAUCGAGAUCAAAGUCCUGGGUCCUUACACCUUCAGCAUCUGUGACACCUCCAACUUCUCUGACUACAUACGUGGAGGCAUCGUCAGUCAGGUCAAAGUACCUAAGAAGAUUAGCUUUAAAUCUUUGCCAGCCUCACUGGCAGAGCCGGACUUUGUGAUGACGGACUUCGCCAAGUUUUCUCGCCCUGCCCAGCUGCACAUUGGCUUCCAGGCACUGCACCACUUCUGCGCCCAGCACAGCCGGCCACCUCGGCCCCACAAUGAGGAGGAUGCAGCAGAACUGGUGGCCCUAGCACAGGCUGUGAAAGCUCGAGCCCUGCCGUCAGUGCAUCAAGGCACCCUGGAUGAGGACAUCAUCCGGAAGCUGGCAUAUGUGGCUGCUGGGGAUCUGGCACCCAUGAAUGCCUUCAUUGGGGGCCUGGCUGCCCAGGAGGUCAUGAAGGCCUGCUCUGGGAAGUUUAUGCCCAUCAUGCAGUGGCUGUAUUUUGAUGCUCUUGAGUGUCUCCCCGAGGACAAAGAGGCCCUCAUGGAGAACAAGUGCCUCCCGCACCAGAAUCGUUACGAUGGGCAGGUGGCUGUGUUUGGCUCAGACCUGCAAGAGAAGCUGGGCAAACAGAAGUACUUCCUGGUGGGUGCGGGAGCCAUUGGCUGUGAGCUGCUCAAGAACUUUGCCAUGAUUGGGCUGGGCUGUGGGGAGGGCGGAGAAAUUAUUGUCACAGACAUGGAUACCAUUGAGAAGUCAAAUCUGAACCGACAGUUUCUCUUCCGGCCCUGGGAUGUCACGAAGUUAAAGUCUGACACGGCUGCUGCAGCUGUGCGCAAGAUGAAUCCACACAUCCGGGUGACAAGCCACCAGAACCGCGUGGGUCCUGAUACUGAGCGCAUUUAUGACGACGAUUUCUUCCAAAACCUGGAUGGCGUGGCCAAUGCCCUGGACAACGUGGAUGCCCGCAUGUACAUGGACCGCCGCUGUGUGUACUACCGGAAGCCACUGCUAGAGUCGGGCACACUAGGUACCAAGGGCAACGUGCAGGUCGUGAUCCCCUUCCUGACAGAGUCGUACAGCUCCAGCCAAGACCCACCCGAGAAGUCCAUCCCCAUCUGUACCCUGAAGAACUUCCCCAAUGCCAUUGAGCACACCCUGCAGUGGGCUCGGGAUGAGUUUGAAGGCCUCUUCAAGCAGCCAGCAGAAAAUGCCAACCAGUACCUCACAGACCCCAAGUUUAUGGAGCGGACACUGCGGCUGGCAGGUACCCAGCCACUGGAAGUGCUGGAGGCUGUGCAGCGGAGCCUGGUGCUGCAGCGACCGCAGACCUGGGCCGAUUGUGUGACCUGGGCCUGCUACCACUGGCACACCCAGUACUCUAAUAACAUCCGGCAGCUGCUGCACAACUUCCCUCCUGACCAGCUCACAAGUUCUGGAGCCCCAUUCUGGUCUGGGCCCAAACGCUGUCCACACCCUCUCACUUUUGAUGUCAACAAUCCCCUGCAUCUGGACUAUGUGAUGGCUGCUGCCAACCUGUUUGCCCAGACCUAUGGGCUGAUGGGCUCUCAGGACCGAGCUGCUGUGGCCACACUCCUGCAGUCUGUGCAAGUCCCCGAGUUCACCCCCAAGUCUGGCGUCAAGAUCCAUGUUUCUGACCAGGAGCUGCAGAGUGCCAAUGCCUCUGUUGAUGACAGCCGUCUAGAAGAGCUGAAGGCCACGCUGCCCAGCCCAGACAAGCUCCCCGGUUUCAAGAUGUACCCCAUUGAGUUUGAGAAGGAUGAUGACAGCAACUUCCAUAUGGAUUUCAUUGUGGCUGCAUCCAACCUCCGGGCAGAAAACUAUGACAUUCCGCCUGCAGAUCGGCACAAGAGCAAGCUGAUUGCAGGGAAGAUCAUCCCAGCCAUUGCCACGACCACAGCAGCUGUGGUUGGCCUUGUGUGUCUGGAGCUAUACAAGGUAGUACAGGGUCACCAACAGCUUGACUCCUACAAGAAUGGUUUUCUCAACUUGGCCCUGCCCUUCUUCGGCUUCUCUGAACCCCUUGCUGCACCACAUCACCAGUACUAUAACCAAGAGUGGACAUUGUGGGAUCGCUUUGAGGUACAGGGGCUGCAGCCUAAUGGUGAGGAGAUGACCCUCAAACAGUUCCUCGACUUCUUUAAGACAGAGCACAAAUUAGAGAUCACCAUGCUGUCCCAGGGUGUGUCCAUGCUUUAUUCCUUCUUCAUGCCAGCUGCCAAGCUCAAGGAACGGUUGGAUCAGCCGAUGACAGAGAUUGUAAGCCGUGUGUCAAAGCGAAAGCUGGGCCGCCAUGUGCGGGCGCUGGUGCUUGAGCUGUGCUGCAACGAUGAGAGCGGCGAAGACGUUGAGGUCCCCUAUGUACGAUACACCAUUCGCUGACCCCUGUCUGCUCCUCUAGGCUGGCCCCAGGCUACCCCUCUCCAGACCCCUUCUAGCCCAGGGCUCCCAUUCAGCCUCUGGCACUGUCCCAGCUCGCCAAGCCUGGUGUUCCCUCAUCAUCCCCGUACCUGAACCCCUCUUCCUGCUGCUUUCUACCUUGUUUGGAACCUGAAUCCUAAUAAAGAGUUAUUAACCCAGA